AUGGAAACUAAAGUAAAGUGUGACAAGAGUGUUAAGCUUCAGAAGAAAUUUGGAUCUUCUUGGUCUUGGUUUUGUAACUACUCAUCUUCACAUAGGGGUAGACUCUGGGUUGGCUGGUCUCAUGACAAGGUUAAUCUUUUAGUCCUCUCCUCCCAUGAGCAGUUCAUUCAUGUCCAAAUUAGCUCCAAGGAUCUUCAACAUCAGAUUUUCUGUACUUUUGUGUAUGGCUUACACUCUAUUCAUGAUAGGUUACCUCUCUGGGAUGGUAUUUCUAGUCUUGGAACUGUUUCUGGGCCUUGGCUUAUUAUUGGUGACUUUAAUUCUGUUCUCAAUUCUUAUGAUAGAGUUAAUGGUAAUGCUGUCACUGAUUAUGAGGUCAAUCAUUUUAGAAGUUUUGUUGACAAUCUUGAUCUUUGUGAGCUUAAGAGUAAAGGUUCUUUUUACUCUUGGUCUAAUAAGGGUCAUGGUAAUACUAGAAUUGCUAUAAGGAUUGAUAGGGGGCUUGUGAAUCAAGCUUGGUUGAACAAGUAUUCUCAUGUUGAAUCUAUCUAUCUUCCUCCUCUCCUUUCUGAUCACAACCCUCUCUUGGUUGAAGUGAGUAAGUUUAUUGCUACUAAGGGGAGACCUUUUAGGUUUCUUAAUUUCUUGGCUGAUCAUGCUGAUUUUUGUUCCAUUGUGGAAAAAAGCUGGCAUAGUGUUACAGAUUGUUCUGCUAUGGUUACUAUUUGGCAGAAUUUGAAAUCUGUCAAAAAGAACCUGAAAGAUCUGAACACUAAGUAUUUUGCUAAUGUUGAUGAGAAAGUUGAUGUGGCUCUUGCCUCUUUGGAAGCUAUUCAGAACCAGCUUGUUGUGGAUUAUUCUAAUUCUAACCUUCAUGUUAAAGAGGCUGAAGUUGUAUCUAUGGUGAAGCAUUGGAUGUGCAUCCAGGAGUCCAUUUAUAAGCACAAAUCUAGGGUUGAUUGGAUUAAGCUAGGGGAUUCCCGUUCUCACUACUUCUUUUCUGUUAUGAAGCACAUGCAAGGUAGAAAUAGAAUUGAUUCUAUCUUCACUGAAGAUGAUGUCCUUUUGAAAGAUCCUAUUCUUAUUGAAAAUGAGAUUGUGGGGUUCUAUAAAUGGAUCCUUGGUUCUAGUGCUAGUUCUCUCCCUGUUGUUGACUUAGCCACUAUUAGGAGAGGUUCUCAACUCAGCUCUAGCUCUAUUGAUAUUUUGACUUCUGUGGUUACUACUUCUGAGAUUAAUAGUGCUCUAGCUCAUAUUGGAGAUGAUAAGGCGCUGGAAUUGAUGGUUUUAAUGUUGUUUUCUUCAAAAAGGCUUGGCCUAUGA